UACCGCCCACGGGAACUAAUCUGAUACAUACCGACCAGGGAGUAAGUGGGGGUAGGUUCCAUUCCCUAGUACUGUAACACGAGACCCCGCGUUUUGAGAGUAUCUCUGAGAUCAAGUUAUAUGGCAGCAAACCUGUCUGAGUUGUAAAGAGUUGCAGUGAAUAGUGUAUUUUCUAGGUAUAUCAUAUCACCUUUUGAGAAAGCCUUAUACAAAAUGGGCAAAAAGAAAGUUUUGGUCUGCUAUGGUGUGGAUAUCGAUGCCGUAGCCGGUUGGCUAGGAUCAUACGGAGGCGAAGACAGCACAAGCGACAUUAGCAGAGGCCUCUGGGCGGGCACAAUUGGCACUCGGCGCUUGUUGAAGCUAUUUGACAAGUACAACAUCAAGGCCUCGUGGUUCAUCCCUGGACACAGUCUGGAAACAUUUCCAGAAGAGUGCGCUAUGGUCCGAGAUGCUGGACAUGAAAUAGGUCUACAUGGCUACAGCCACGAAAACCCUGUGGACAUGACUUUCGAGCAGCAAAAAGAUGUUUUGCACAAGACAUGGAAGUUACUCACCGACUUCUGCGGAAAGCCCCCCAAAGGAAGUGUGGCGCCUUGGUGGGAGACAAGCGAAGAAGGUACCGAGUUGAUGCUUAGCUACGGAAUUGAGUAUGACCACUCAAUGUCUCAUCACGACUGUCAGGCAUACUGGCUGCGGACAGGCGACUCAUGGACCAAGAUUGAUUACACCAAGAAGGCCGAGGAGUGGAUGAAGCCAUUGAAACAAGGCAAAGAGACAGGCAUGGUCGAAAUACCUGGCUCUUGGUAUAUAGAUGACCUACCGCCCAUGAUGUUCAUUAAGAACUCUCCAAACUCACAUGGAUGGGUGAACCCGAGAGAUGUUGAAGAUAUCUGGAAAGACCACUUCGAUUACUUCUACCGGGAAUAUGACGAAUUCAUCUUCCCUAUGACUAUCCACCCUGAUGUCUCAGGCAGACCACACGUUCUCCUGAUGCACGAACGCAUCAUCGAGCACAUCAACAAGCAUGAAGGUGUCGAGUGGGUCACUAUGGCAGAGAUGAGCGAUUAUUUCAAGAGCAAGAACCCUGCCCCAGAAGGCGCUCUCAUGCCGGCUAGCCACGAGGAAGUAAUGAAGAAGUUUCAAGAAACAACGUGAAAGCAGUUAAACCAUGGGUCAUUGGGUAGUUUAUGCGCAUAGAGAGAACGAAGCCGAGUAAUGAAGUCUAUUAGUCAGGAAAUCCUCCUUACCAUUAUUUGCGAUUCUUCAUAGUUCAACAAGUCUUUUCAUUGGAAUCUGUCGACACGACGAAGAACCAACCCCCCAACAGACUAUAACGCCAAGCAACACAAUGUUUAAAGACGUCACACCACGUAAUAUGUCACAGAAACAUACUUCAGGUAGCAUAGCAAUUCCCACACAAUAGAUACACUUUAUAGAAUAGAAG